CCGAAGCUCUCGCGAAUGUCAACACAACAUGGCUGACACACAAAAGGCGCACAGCUGCUCUUACUAGGACAAGUUCAAGGGGAACUAUCUGAUUAAGCGUUGUGUGACAGCGUUUAGACUCCGAAGCUGGAUUGCUUUGUUCUGUUUGAAGCGAUUCAUGUGAAAAGACUGGAGACAGAGUCAUGCACAAGCUCACAAAGGCGCCACUGUUCCUGAACGGACUUGGGCGCUGUUUUAUGGCAGAAAAACCAUUAACUGCUGUAAAUAUCAGAAGAGGAUUUGCGCUUACGGAGCACAAGAGGAAUGCAGACAGGAAUGAGGUUUAUGAUGUGAUUAUAUCCGGUGGAGGCAUGGUUGGAUCUGCUAUGGCAUGUUCUUUAGGAAUGGAUCCCAACUUGGCAGGAAAGAAGAUUUUGCUACUUGAAGCUGGCCACAAGAAAGCAAUGGACAAGGCACCUGACGCCUACAGCACUAGAGUCAGCUCCAUCAGUCCAGGCUCUGCCACUCUCCUCAGCGGUAUUGGAGCUUGGGAGCACAUCACAAAGAUGAGAUGCAAACCCUAUACAAGAAUGCAAGUUUGGGAUGCCUGCUCGGAUGCCCUGAUCACAUUCGAUAAGGAGGACCUGCUUGACGAGAUGGCGUACAUUGUGGAGAAUGACAUCGUUGUGGCGGCCAUCACCAAACAGAUGGACACUUUGUCCGAUGACGUGCAAGUGAAAUACAAAUCUAGGGUUGUGAAGUAUACAUGGCCCCUGCUCCACCACACAGCAGACUCCAUCCCAUGGGUGCAGGUCACUUUGGCAAAUGGAGAGACUCAUCAAACAAAGCUUCUGAUCGGUGCUGAUGGGCCCAACUCCAUGGUGAGGCAAGAAUUGGGAAUUCCCACAGUCAAGUGGAAUUACGAUCAGUCUGCUGUAGUUGCGGUGCUGCACCUGUCAGAGCCUACAGAGAACAAUGUUGCGUGGCAAAGAUUCCUCCCCACAGGACCUAUUGCUAUGUUACCGCUGUCGGACACAAAGAGCUCUCUGGUGUGGUCAACAACCCCUCAGCUUGCAGAGGAGCUGCUUGAGCUGGACGAGGAGAGCUUUGUGGACGCCAUCAACUCUGCCUUUUGGAGUAAUGAGAACCACUCGGAUCUAAUAGAGACAGCUGGCUCUCUGUUCCGCGGUGCCCUGUCGGCCAUCAUGCCAUCAGCAGGUUCACCUCGACAGCUUCCACCGAGCGUGGCGGGGAUCGGGCCGAAGAGCAGGGUCAUGUUCCCACUGGGCAUGGGUCACGCAUCAGAGUACAUCAGACACAGGGUGGCACUCAUUGGAGAUGCAGCUCAUCGUGUCCAUCCUUUGGCGGGUCAGGGAGCCAACCUGGGGUUUGGGGAUGUGACUUGCCUCACACAGAUCUUAAGCCAGGCAGCUUUUAAUGGAAAGGACCUGGGAGCGUUGCAGCAUUUGUUAGAGUACGAGACCGAACGUCAGCGACACAAUCUGCCCAUGAUGGCUGCAGUCGACCUCAUGAAGCGGCUUUAUUCCACCGACGCGGCUCCUGUGGUUCUCCUACGCACCUUUGGGCUGCAGGCCACCAACGUGCUCCCAGCUCUAAAAGAGCACAUCAUGGCGUAUGCGAGCAAGUGAUCAGCCUGCUGAGAUCUGCGUUUGUUGGUGGAUCAAUAACUCGAAGCUUUAAACGCGGUAAAGGCCGCCAGUGUAAAGAAAUAUAAAUUAAAAAAAAUCUUGAUAUAUUUUACUCUAUAACUUCAUCAUUUAUGUUUUUGUGUCACAACUGCAUGUUUGAAUCAAACAGGAGAGGUAAAACAGAAAGCACAUUUUUCACAUUUUAUUAAAACUUACAUGUUUAGUAUACACUUAUGACAAGAUUUAUUUAAAAAAAAAUUUUUACAA